GCGGGGCUGGAUGUAUCUCAGCUGGGGCUUGCCUCAGGUGUGCCUCCUUUCUCUCUUCCCUUCUCUCUUAUUCUUUCCCGCAGGACAGGGCUGGCAGGGCCCUUCUUGGUGAUGGACCGCGGCCUCUUCUGCCUUUGCUCACGAGGUGCUGUGCUGGUCCUGGAGUUCAGCCGGCUCUCUUAGGCGGCUAUGGCUGCUGGUCCCUCUUAGGGCUUGUGCAGGAGGCUCCAGUAUCUCCGCCCCAUUGUUGGUGUCUUGGGAAGGCGUGCGUGCCUCUGGCCCUUUGGGGCGGGGCUGGGUGGCACGCCCCUGGCUGGUCCCUCUCUCUGUCUCACUUUUCCCUUCCCUCACUGCUGCCUGGAGCUGAACCCUCUCCCUGUGGCUUCCGGUGCCUGCAACUGGGAUCCCAUCAGCCUUCAGAAACUCAAGUCUUCGUCAGGAAAGGAGGAUCCAUCUGGGCUACUCCUCGGCAGGCUGUACCCGAAACACAGCUUGGUUCUGAAAGGCAAAAGCUAUGGAGCUACCCAAGGGACGGAGGGGAUCUCACAUGGUCAUGAUCCUGUCAGGAGUCAUUCUGAGCUGCGUCUUGCAGCUUGGAGCGGCGCAGAGAAGAGUUUCCAUUAUCCUCAAGCCACCAAAGCCUCAAGAGGGUCAAGAUGUCACCCUGUCUGUUCAGGGAGGCCCACAAUCGCAUUUAGUGUGUGGGUGGGAGCGAGUUUACCAUAAGAGGGCCCUAGAUAACCACUCAAAUGGCACAGAUGACAGUAGGUGGAAGCUAUCGAGAGAAGAUUGCUCCUUGACUAUCAAAAAGCUCGAAACGCAUGAUGCAGGAGGCUACUCUGUGUAUAUCAAAGGGAACUCAACCAGGCCACAAUCACCUGAGAUACUGGACGACCCAGAGGAAGUCUAUGAAGGCUAUGUUUACCUACCGGUGUCUGGCAAAAACCCACAGAAGGGUGGGCACAACCAUUCAGCGGGCUUGAGUUACUCUGCCGGAGUCAUCGCAGGAGCUUUGCUGGGGGUCUUUGCCUGGACAGACACGUUGACCUCCCUCUUCUACGGCCUCUGCGCCACUUUGUCUUGGCCUGGGCGCCUCCUGUGAAUGUCAAAAGUGAAGAUCCACAGCCUUGUGCUUGAAAGGUACGCAAUGAUUCCCAACAGUUUGUUUUUGAUUUAUCCUAAUUAUUUCCCCCUGGAUUUCUGCUAGUACUAUCUUGAAAAUGCAACACCUUUUGAGCCACCACAGAAAACAAGCGUGUUUUGUUAGGUUUGCAGCUCAUGUACAGAGGAAAAAACAAUGUGUCUGCCAUCCAAUAAAAAAAAAUUCAUCUACA